GAACUAAAACAAACAUAAAAACAAGUUCAUAACAUAUCCUUUCACGAAUCAUCGCUUACUAAAAAUUUCUGCGUAUAUUGCCUCUGUGCUCUGCCAAUAUCACCACCGUUAGGAGGAUGAAAGGAGCAAUUUCAGAUGAGAUAGAAGUGAAUGUGCCUGCAAAUGUAGCAUGGGAGCUCUAUGGCACAUUGCAUCUAUCUAGGCUUAUUGCGCAAGAGUUGCCUACUCUUAUUAACAAAGUUGAUGUAAUUGAAGGUGAUGGUAGUACUGGAACUGUAAUCAAAGUCACUUUUCAUGAAGGUACACCAGGACUACCUUAUUUCAAGGAGAGAUACAACAUAGUGGAUGAUGAGAAAAGAUACAAGCAAACUCAGGUGAUUGAAGGUGGAUAUGUUGAUCUUGGCUAUACUUUUUUUGGAGUUGGGUUUGAGGUGAAUGAGAAGGAUGAAAAUUCAUGCAUUACAAAAUUUACAGUGAGUUAUGAAGUGGAAGAUGUGAAGCUUGCACAUCAUGCAUUCACUUUGGUUGAGCCAUUGCAAACUGUCAUCAAAUCUGCCAAGACUUCUCUAACAAACAAGACACAUAAAUGAGUCAUGAAGUCAUAUCAUCUAAUUAAUUAAAACGACCAAAAUUUUUAUAUUUUUAUUUCUAUCAAAUUAAUCAGUUAGUUCAGCUAUCAAGAAUAAAGAAAGCUAGAUUUAUGUGAUGCAAAAAUAAUAUUAUCAUCUUCUUGUUAGUUUGUUGUCUUUUUCCAAGUUCUAAUAUAUCAUUCCAUGUGCUAA